AUGUACACCAUUCAGGUUAGAGCCCGAGUGCCGGGAAGUAUAUACUCAGACCUGAGACGGGAGGGCGUACUUAAGGAGUCCCUACUGUCCGGCGAUAACGAUGUGAAGUAUCGGUGGGUUUCGUACGACAACUGGACUUUUGAGCGCACAUUCAAUGUCGACGAGAAACUAUUGAGCAAACAAUACGUGUAUUUAUUGGCCAACGGUAUCGACACUGUCAGCGAAGUUACCGUAAAUGACCGACUGAUAGGCCGUACAGACAAUCAGUUCGUACGGUAUAAGUGGGACGUAAAACACGUGUUAAAAGUGGGCCAAAACACGGUUCCAUGCACAAAAUCAGAUAAUACGGAGUGCUACGUUGAUUUCAUCCGAAAAAUGGCCGCUUCUUAUAGUUGGGAUUGG